CUUUAUGAUAAACACGGAUUCCCGGUAAACAGCGGUGCCUUGCGCUUGAGGGGGUAACGGGAGCUGCAGUUGCCAUGGAGACGGCUUGCGUCGCGGCUGCCUCACUUCUGGUGUUGGUGAUUCACGUUUCUUCCGAGUCCCUCGGAUAUGAAGGAUGCUGGUCUGGGGAUGACGUGGCGACCUCAGGGCUGCCGUGGCACGCGUCCAUUUUCCUGCAGCUGGAUGAGGUGCCCGGAGCCUUCCAGUACCUGUGUGCUGGAGUCCUCGUCACUGACCGACACCUCCUCACAGACAUGUCCGGGCUCGAAGGCGAAGCCCCCGACUACGAGCGCAGGCCACCGUCCCAGCUGUUCGUCAUGCUGGGCGCUGUCACGGCCGACUGGGAUCCCGAUGCACCUGGUGCUGUCAUAAGCAAGGUGUCCCGUGUCCUGGUGGAUGACGCGUACUCUUCGGUGUACGCCGCCUACGAGCACAGUCUGGCCGUGGUGGAGCUGGAGGUGCCGCUGGCCCUUACGGACUCCGUGCGGCCAAUCUGCGUCGACAGCGGCGUCCAACCGCAGCACGGGGACAUUUCAUUUAUGGUCGUUCCAGAUUCGAGCAAAAAUUUCACUCUGAAACUGCAGAAGUUGAAACACACCAGCCGAGAGGACUGCAUCGGCGACUCGAUAUAUGCGCGUGUACCCGAACACAAAUUCUGCGCUGACAGCUCAGAUGAGCCGGUGUGCCAACACGCGAGGGGCAGCGGCCUAGUGUGGCGCGCUGCCGACGGCCGCUGGCUGCUCGAGGGCGUGGCCAGCGUGAACACGGCGCACCGCGACUGGGACCAGCCGGGCCGCUGUGUCGCCGGCCAGCACGUCUUCAGCGCCGUCGACAGCCAGCUGCCGCUGCUGCGCCGCUUGCUGCUCUCCUCGUGCUUCAGCGGGCGGCCCUCGACGGCGCCGUGGCACGUGCAGCUCUACCUGCGCACCAAGGAGCGCCGCGGGCACGAAUACGCAUGCGCAGCUGCCCUGCUCACUCAUCGUUACCUUCUCACCGAUGGCAGCUGUUUUAAAGCCAGAACUGCCAACAAUUCGACUGACGCCUCGGGGUUCGUUGUGGCUCUGGGGAAGAAGGUGAAGAGCUUACAGGCGAGAGAGACAGGAUCUCAGAUUCUAAAGGUCUCGCGCGUCGAGCUACAAGACGGGGGACGCGGCCUGGCGAUCGUGGAACUGGAGGUACCAGCGGUUCUGGGAGACAGCGUGGCAGCCGUGUGUCUCAACACGGCGAACCAGCGGCCGCUAGCUGACGGAGUGCCUGCCGUGAUGGCGACUUUCAGCCCUACAGAAAACUCUGCACUGAAGAUGCUGUACGUGAACGUCGUAGAUGCCGACAAGUGUCUAGUCGAAAAGCCAGAGUUCAAGACAUUCUUAUCAGAUGCCAAAUUUUGCGCCACCGACAGGAAGGCUCCACCUCACUAA